GAAAUUAUCAUUCAAUAUCUUAGGAGGAUAAUUUCUCAUUAUUAUCCUCGUCAUUUUGUGAGGUGGAAGCAAUAUAAUAUGAUAUACCUCUGCUCUGGUUUAUUGCAAUAGCUCUCUUCAUUUCAGCAUGGCUGUCGUUGAUUUGCUCCGCUUUGCAGUGCGUGCGGGCAAAAAUUGUGUUUGCACGAAUGGAGAAAUUGAAGACACAGAGGAGGCUUUUCAAAACCCUGAGAGGCAGAUCGCAGAAAUUGAUGAAGAUCUCGUGAAAAGAGGGAUGAAACCCUCGGAGAAAGUGAAAAGAUGUAUCAAAAGAAAAGAAAGAAAGAAACCGCAAAAGCAAAAUGAGUGUGAAGGUGUCAUUCCAUAUGUUUGGCAUCGCUGCAAGAUAAGCCGCCGGCUGGACGAAUGCAAGUCCAAAAUAGUCAGAAGUCUUGAAAAGCUGGGGCUGCCCUCCUUGAAAGAAAAGAAAUGUAAAAUUAUUUUCAGCGAACAAAUGGCUGCGGAUAUUCAUGCCGAGGAAAGAUGCAUAAUGGUCUCACCCGAGGAAUCUUUAUGCACAGCUUAUAUUGGUGUAGAUAUAUGGCCAAACAAUUCUCCCAUGACGCUUAUGCAAGCUCUGGCGUCUCAUGGAUGCAAACGAAAUCGGAGAUUUUUCAUGGUGAGGGCAAAAAUUUUGGAAAUUGUAAUUUGUUCUACCGCCCUUCUGAGCAGAAUUGCAUUUUCGUGUAAGUGAUCAAGCUUAUGUAUCUUCUCUUCUCUUCUCCAAGACCUCUGUAAAAUAAUAAAAAGAGGCAGAUGUAAUGGAUUUUCAACAGAGGAAUAAACUGCUUUUGAAUGCCUCGUAGCAUUCGAUUUUGUUGCA